GAUCGUGAAUUUUUUCUUUCAUGGAAAAAGUUAUCUUCAUCCUCGUUAAAGUUUUAGAAUUCAAACACCCAAGAAUUUCUCUGCAAAAUCUUUCUUCUCUAAAAAAAUUCUCUCAUUUCCCUCACAAAAAUUAACAUGAAGCCCAACCCUCUCGUAGAUUCUCAACCCUAGGAGAAUACCAAGGUUGUUUUGUGGUGGUGUUCGGAGUUGACCUUUUGCGUUUAUGUUUUUUGCGUGUUCAACUUCCAAGGAGAGUUCAUUGAGAUCGUGAUCAAAGAGGAAUUACGUGAAUAAUAUAGCAUUCAAGGGACACUAAAUAAUCUGAACUUCAUCAGCAUCUAAACACCUCAAGUUCUUCAUUUCUCUUCCUUUUUGUCAUCUGAAUUGAGUAGUAGUAGAAGUAGAAUGAAUCGUACGAAAGUAAUCGAGAUUGCGGGUUCGAUUCCAGUGAAGGAAUCAAAUAAAAAAGACCCAGAAUCUGGUUGUUAUCAUCAACCCAAUAAUAAUCUUGAAAGAAAAUUUAAGGGAAAAGAAGAAGAUGAAGUAGAAGAAGGUUGUAGUGAGACAGUGGAGGUUGUUGUUGAACGCAAGCUCAUUCUUGCGGCGUCUAUAGGAGAUGACUUGCAAUUGGAAGUCACUGCCGAUCAGAUCAAUAGCUCUUGCGCCGCCACAGCCGACACUCAAACCAUCGACUCGGAAGUUCCUCUUGAUGAAGAAACUAAACAGCUAAGGAUAACUGCGAAAAAGAUUAGCCUAUAUCAUGCUGCACUUAAAGGUGAUUGGGAAAAGGCUGAAUCAAUUCUGAAGGCGGACACGUCAUGGAGUGUAAGCAAUUACAUAACGCGGGACAAUGAGACAGCUCUUCACAUAGCUGCCGGAGCCAAGCAUGUCGGAUUCGUAGAGCAAUUGAUGAAUAUAAUGACACUUGAUGACAUAGCAAUUAUAAACACACAUGGAAACACUGCGCUUUGCUUUGCUGCCACGUCAGGAGUCGUGAGAAUUGCUGAGUUGAUGGUACAGAAGAAUAAAGAUCUUCCACUUAUUCGUGGAUUUGGGAAUGCAACUCCACUUUUCAUGGCAAUUUCGUAUCAACGUAAACAAAUGGCUUCUUACCUCUUCUCUGUCACUGAUCGGAAGCAGCUCACUUCUCAAGAUCAGAUUGAACUUCUUAUUGCCACCAUACACAGCGACUUUUAUGACAUAAGUUUGGAAAUUCUUGAAAGGAAUCCAAAAUUAGCAAUUAUGAGAGAUACAAAGAACAAUAAUGAAACAGCGUUACAUGUUUUGGCAAGAAAACCAUCAGCGAUCAGUAGCAGAUCAGAGAUGAAUAUUUGGAAAAAACGCAUCAACUCUUGGACGAAAGCAAUUUAUGGCAAAGAAGUGAUGAAGACCUUAGCUCAUCAAUUGGUUAAAUCACUAUGGGGACAUGUCCUUCGAGAAUUACCAGAAAAAAAGAUGUUGAAGUUUAUCAAACAUCCCACAAUAUUAUUACAUGAUGCUGCAAGGGCAGGAAAUGUUGAGUUUCUAAUUUUGCUUAUUCAGUCAUAUCCAAAUAUUGCAUGGGAAGAUGAUGACGAUGGUAAGAAUGUAUUUCACGUAGCCGUUGAAAAUCGACUCGAGAAUGUGUUCAGUCUAAUACAUGAGAUUAGUGGGCUCAAGGACUUCUCAGCAAAGUAUAGAACAACUGGUAAAGAAAAAUACAAUAUGCUUCAUUUAGCUGCAAAAUUAGCUGCUCCAAAUCAUCUCAAUAGAGUCUCAGGAGCUGCCCUUCAAAUGCAACGUGAAUUGCUUUGGUUUAAGGAAGUGGAGAAAAUAGUUUUGCCUUCACAACGUGAGGCCAAAUGUGAAGUUGAUUCUUCGAUCAAGUUAACACCAUGUGAGUUAUUCACUAAAGAGCAUAAAGAUCUUCGUAAAGACGGUGAGGAAUGGAUGAAAAACACGGCGAAUUCUUGCAUGCUUGUCUCGACUUUAAUUGCGACAGUAGUUUUUGCAGCAGCUUUCACGGUACCUGGUGGGAAUGAUGGUAAUUCAGGCAUACCUAUUUUUCAACAUGAGUUUUGGUUUACUAUAUUCGUGAUAUCAGAUGCAUUUGCUUUGGUCUCAUCGUCAACUUCUAUUUUGAUGUUCUUGUCGAUUCUAACUUCGCGCUACGCAGAAGACGAUUUCUUGUACUCGUUGCCGUCUAAAUUGCUUGUUGGAAUUGCGUCGUUGUUCAUCUCCAUUGUGUGCAUGGUUAUUGCCUUCAGUGCAACGUUCUUUAUGCUCUACAAUGAGGCUAAUAUAUGGAUUCCUACCACGGUUACUGCAAUAGCAAUUGUUCCAAUUAGUUGUUUUUGUGCACUUCAUUUUGGACUAUGGAUGGAUACAUUUUAUAACACUUACUUAUCUAGACUUCUUUUCAGGCCUCAUCAACGGAAAUUGUUCUCAUCAUCGGCUUCUCAUGCUGUUGAUUUAUUUCGUGAACUUAAGAAAAGAAGAAGUGAGAGAAAAUUCUAUCGAUGGGAACAAUCUUAGAAUGUCUUUCAUUUGUUUGUUGUGACAAUAAUGUUGACGACAACCAUCUUUCAUUGAGUGU